UUAACAUUUUCCAGCAGCCAUGUUACUAUAUUUUUCUUUCUUUUUUAAAAAAAACCUAGAUAUUGUUUCGUUUGUCUGAGAAUAAGAAAAUAGAAAUGGUAUCGAAAAGAUUCCAACUUAAAAUAUGUGGUGAAUUGAGGCAUUCGAAGAUCAGUCUGAUAUCUCCAUUCGUCAGGGUUGAUCUCGUCAAAGGCUCUAGAUUCGCUUAAAGAUGGGAGAAGAAAAAGAAAAAGACAAGUCAACUAAAGAGAAGAAAACCAAAAAGAAGAAGGAAAAGAAAGAGGAAUCUGAAGCCGAAAAUGCACCAGCUGACGCUCCUGAAGAGAAAAAGGAGGCCAAACCGGCAAAACGAGGAACUUCUAAUGUUUUUGCGUUGUUCAAUCAGGCUCAAAUUCAAGAAUUCAAAGAGGCCUUUACGAUGAUUGACCAAAACCGUGACGGAGUUAUUGACAUGGACGAUCUUUUGUCAAUUCAUCAACAACUGGGAAGAGAUCCCGACCAGAAGACUUUGGGGGGAAUGUUGGAAGAAUCACCUGGCCAACUGAACUUCACGCAUUUCUUAACCUUAUUUGGUGAAAAAUUGCACGGAACUGAUCCAGAAGGUACGCUUAGGGAUGCUUUCAUAAUGUUUGAUGAAGGAAACAGUGGAAAACUUUCGGAAGAAUAUUUCAAAGACCUUCUUAUGAAUACGGGAGAUCUCUUCAGCAAAGAUGAAGUAAAGCAAACUUGGAAAGAGGCUCCAAUCGAGGGUGGGCAGCUAGAUUAUCUAAAAUUUGUCCGUCUUAUAAAGCGAGGUGACGAAGGCGAGCAAUAA